ACGUUAGAAAUUGUCGAAAAUUGAUAAUAAUAUUUUUUUAGUUUUUUUUGGAUUAAAACAGUUCUAAUAAUUUAGAAUUUAUAAAAGUUGUGCUUGCUACAGAAAUAAAAUCAUUAAGAAUAUUUUAAUUGAAUAUCAAUUUAGUUCUCAUAACGCAAAGUGGUAUAAUAUGCCAUUAUCACUGUUUACUAAAAACCAUAUUUGAAAUUCUGGUUUUAUAGUACUUUCACGAAUGAAAUGUUAGUGUAUAGGGUAUUAGUGUUUUGUGCUACAAUUGUAAAUUGCUUUGGUGAAGAGCAUGAUUUCCAAAAUGACCCAUACUGGUUUUUUGACUCCAAAACGGCCUACAGUUUUGUUCGUGGAAAAGACUUGAAUAUACCAGAAAACUGUCAGAUCCAGCAAAUAUUCAUGUUGUGCAGACACGGUACGAGAAAUGCUUCCAAGGAAGACAAUAAAGACAUGUUACAGUUAAUCCCAUUAAAAAAUGUUAUAAAAAAUAGCGAUAAGCUAAAAGCAACCGACAUUAGAGCUAUAAGAAACUGGAAAAAUGAAGCAAACGAUGACACAGACAAAGAUUUACACGAUCAAGGAAGAAAAGAUAUGAAAAAAUUGUCAUCUAGCAUAAAAGAAGCAUUUGGUGACAUAUUUAAAGAAACAUUUAAUCCUGAUAUCCAUAAAGUAUUAACUUCGCACGAAGUUCGAGCCAGGCAAAGUGGCUAUCACUUUUUAAAAAAUGCAUUUGGAAAUAAGAUCCAUAUCACAAGUAUUGAUGACUUACCUAUGUUUGAUGAAGACGAUGUGACAUUGAAUAUUGACAAAUUAAGAACAGAUAGAAUAUCUAAGGGAGACAAGAAAACAGGAAACGUUCCAAAAACAGAAAUGACGACGUUCAAGAAAGGCCCUGAAAUGCUAGCAACCCUGGAGCGGAUAGGCGAAAGAAUUGGGCUACAAUCACCUAUUGCUUUUGGUAGAUAUCAAGCAAAAGCAAUGUACGAGUCUUGUCGUCACGAUAAAGCCUCUCGCAUUCGCUCCAUCCCAGCGUGGUGUAGAGUAUUCGCUAAAAAGGACCUUCAGGUUUUUGAGUAUUUGAACGAUAUGAACUGGUAUUACAAAUUUGGUUGGGGUAAUGCGGAAGGCAUUCGACUGGGCUGCCCGUUGUUGACAAGGCUUAACUUAAGUUUCAAACAAGCUGCUAACGAAGAAGGGGCAAGAGGAGUAUUUUACUUUGGACACAGAUCGAAUCAAUUUGUGGCGAUCACCAUGCUAGGACUGGCUCGAGACGACGUACCUCUAAAAGCAGACAACAUGGAAAUGAUGGCCGAAAGAAAGUGGAAAACUUCGCAUUUAAAUCCAUUUGCUGCAAAUACGAUUGCAGCAUUCUACAAAUGUAAAGAUAAUGUUGAUAGAGUAUCCUUCUUUGUUAACGAAAAAAUUAUGCCAAUCGAAUUGGACGACAAUAGUACUUGCACUGUAUGUCUUUGGAAAAAUGUCGAGAAGAAAUUCGAUAGGAUUACUGCUGAUAAAAGAGAAUGUGGGUUCGGUCGUAUUAUAACACCUCCUUAGAAGGUGAUGAAUGUUGAUAGUCAGCUAGACCCAGUGACCUGCCUACGUCGGAAAUAACAGAUAAAAUGAUUAAAACCGAAUAAAAAAAAAAUAAGGAUUAUAUUAUGGUAGAACGUAACAAAUUACAAAAUAUAAGUUUACUGCAUUAAAAAUAUGGUGUACACGCAUUAUAUAAAGAAAAUUAAAAGAUGUACAAUAUUCAUUCAAAACAUAAUCAUCGGAAUCGAAAUUAACUGCAAAGUAUAAGUAUAUUCUCUUAAAGUCUCAAGCCAUAUUUUUUGCUACUGACAAGCUCUUUACACUUAUGGAACAUUAUUAUUAUUAAUAAUGUGGUUACACUUUUUUAUUUUGUAUUGAUAAUCAGAAAUUAGCACAGUGUACACUGUACCGAAAUAAAAAAAUAUAGGCGAAAUUAUAUUUUGUAAAACAAAAAAAAAAAUGUUAGGUAACAGUAACUAUCAUGCCUAAAUAGUAAGAUAUUAUUUAAAUUUGUAUUAAUGGAUGAAUAAUUGCUACUAGUUAUACUGUAUAAGUCGAAAGUAUGAAAAUAUUACCUAACUACAAUAACUGAAAGGACAUUUUAAAUUGAUAUAAGAAUUAUACUACACGUUAUGUAAUUGCAUCACCUAUUGAAUUGGUAUUAUAACCUAUUCGUAUCACCCUAUGAGAUGAUAUUUAAGAAAUUUUAGAUUUUAUUACCUAUGUAAAUUUCAAGUAAAUGUUAUGGU